UGCAUAAUGCUUUUGGUUCUCUAUUCUGAUGACAUACAGUAAUACAAAACGGCGACAACAUUAUUGUAGAAGAUGACGAACUGGAAUAAGAUAAUUUUCGAAUACAUCUGCCCUUCUAUUGGCAUUCUGAUUUCAACCGCCCUUUAUACAGCGCCUGUAAAGGUAAGUGUGACAUGAGCAGAUAUAAUGAUUCAAAUUUGAUGAACAAAACACCGAGACUACGAAAGAGAAAGAUAGUUGUUUGUAUCAACUUUGUAGGGAAAAUCGCAUCUUUUGACAAAUUCAAUUUAAUCGGCGUGGACCUCUUGAUUUGCCAUCUCUAGUCACUUGUGAUCGCACUUGAGAGGAAAAGCUUGGGAACUCUGAAUCCAACGCCAUGGGGAAUCAUGACGGGGAACUGUCUUGGAUGGCUCGCGUAUGCCUACUAUUCACAUGACCAGUUCGUUCUGGCUAGCAACAUUCCAGGGAUUUUGAUAAGCUUCUGGCUGAAUACUGGAGCAUCCAAGCUUCAGUAUUACGCGCAGGUCGAAGAAACAAACGAAGCCGACAACGCCAGCGAAAAUGGUACUACGACAUGGGCAGUAUUCACAUCUCAAGAUAAAUUAUUGCUAGGAGUUUUGAGUUUUUGGGCUGCGGUUUUAGUUGGUGUCGGAUGGUUAGAAAUUGCGAAUGGUCGGGAGAAAGAGAUAGUUGGCAUUUUUGUUAACAUCAAUUUAUUGUUCUUUUACGGAGCACCACUGCAAACGAUCAAAAUAGUGAUCGACGAGAAAUGUUCUGACAGCAUUCAUAACCUUACAAUGCUUUUGAACUGCACCAAUGCUGGCUUUUGGGGAGCCUACGGAAUUGCAAUGGACAACAUUGUGAUCUACGGGCCAAAUGGGAUAGGGUUGUUCCUUGGUUUCAGUCAAGUUAUUCUCUGCUGUAUAUUUCCAAAAAGUUCGGACCGGACAUCUCCUGGAGGUGUUGAUCAUGCACCUCUAUUGGAUGCAAGCGAAGAUGACUCCAACACGGACGAGGCGAUAGCAGUAGUGCCUGUAUCCCAGGUUAUAUGAAACCGUAUCUGUUGCUUUGACAAGUGUACGCACGGUAUACCCAGCAAAUUAAGGGUCUACGCGCUCUACAAGGAAAGGUCGCAUAACAAGCGAUGCUUAUGUAGAGUGCAGCUGUACCUGUACAACAACUAUUCUUCUUUUAACUUAACCUCUCCAUUCUCAGGUGGCCGAUAAUAUACCAUUUGAGAGCCCUCCGUAGAAUUUAAGGCACACGUAAGUCUCUCUUCCACGUUAGGAUCCUUUGAGUCUAUCGAUGAUCUCAUCUCAUCACCGUAGUCAAAACUUUGAAACCGACCAGUGCCGAUUACUUCCAUACCUUCAUCCUCCUCUUCGCAAUUUUCAGAUAUACAAUAAGUUGUGACCCCGUCACUUCGAAGAAUCAAAUCUCUUGCCUCCCGGCAAUCGACAUAUCCCAACCUAUCCGACAUCAGUUUUAUACUGAAGUUACGCAAAGAGCACAGUGCUGCCGACUUGUUCGUCGAGCCUUCUGACGAUUCAGUAUCACUCGACACCGACUCGCAUUCUUCGAAGGGGACCACUUCGUACCCGAUAGCCAUGGGUGUUGCUGUAUCAAUAUCCAUUUUCUUUAGUUGCUUUGUUUCAUAUUCCGAGAGUCCUUCUACCUCAUUUAAUCGUCUCAAAAAGUCUUUGACAGAUUUCAUCCUCUUCUCAGCUAGGAUUCUUUGAUGCUUAUGGAUCUCUUCUUCGUGUUCUGGACGGGGAAUCAUUGCGCCAUAUAAUUGUUGGCCUGGAAUCAAAGUGCAUCGACUUCCGAGAUCUGUCACAGAAACUCUUGCAUUGUUUCCGACUUUACGAUGUGGCGGAGGUUUCCGGUACACUCUUGAAGAUGACUGAGGCAGAGGUCGGUCGUGGUGGCGAGCUGGAUCGAUUUCGACAAUCAAAAUAUGAAUGAGAUAACCUUUUUCAGGAUAAUGUAUAAUGAAAAUCAUUUCAAACUUACAGAGAUUAAAAGAAGGAACAUGAACGCUAUAGGUUCCAAAUGCAACUUCUUUCAUGUCUUUGAUUUUGAGAGCUUCUUCCCUGCUAAGACGGGCUUGAUGGCUUUGUAUGUCGAAGUUCUUAAUCAGAUCGUUGAGUUUGCCAUCUCUCUUCUCGUUUGCUCGUAAGAAAAGGUCAACAAGUUUCAUAUGUGGUCCCAAGAAGCCCCACACAAUAAGUCUUCCGACCCAGGUGAGAAUAAACCCCCAUGGUAGGGCGAGCGCAACUAUUCCGGCUGACAAGAAUGUAGCGGUGACUACAAAAGGUAUGUAGGAAGAAACGUUAGUCGACUAUUGAGCUUUGCGAUAAUGUAUCGGGAUCAGUACUUACCCAAAAACGAUACGAUGCUUUCUUCCCACGUCAAGAUGAUUUUGACAAAACGUAAUUUCUUACAAAUGCGUCCAACUAUUCCCUGGUAUCGUGCAAGUCGAUUCAAUAAAUCGACAGGAAUCAGCGCUUGAUUGGAUACUUCGGUAUGAAUGUUGACGUCACUGAUGUCAUUUAUUUCUUGAAGUAACUCUGCUUUUCUCUCUGCUAUCUUUCUAUCCUUUUCGAUGCGUUUUUCCCAGGCUAAUUCAUACGCUCUAGCUUCUGCCGCCCCUUCAUACUCCUUUAUGCACUUCACAGGUAUCGAUGAUUUUCCAGUGCGGAGAAUAUUUAAAUAAUCGAAGAAUGAAAGGCGACUCUGCCACGGCGAAGGGUGCUGACGUCGUAUAGUCAAGUUAGCCAGCAUCAUCCAAGCAAUCGCUAAUAGAGAGUAUGGAACAAUUAAUUGGGGUUUCUCGACAAGUCUCGUCGAAAAGACAAAAAGAAUAAGCGAAUGUAACGGAAGCAUAAUGGAGAAGAUUUCGACCUGACCUUUCCACAGUAUGAGGGAUCUCAAUGUAUCUGAGAUUGCAUAGCUCACCCCCGCCUUAUAUUCAAAAAUCUCGUUGAUAUAAGACCGCAUUAAAGUGAUAUCAAACUC